UUAUUCCAUGCAUUAGCUUUACUUAUUUCCAUAUAUGCCUUUCUCUUUAUCUUCUUCUCUCCUAUAUAUAUAGAAUCCCAGCAACUAGCAGCAGAUAGAGAGAAAAAAUAUUAGGAAUGGAGUUACAGGAUAAUGUUCCGAGAUGGACACCUAGUCCAAAUAGAUCACCACAUAGACGCCAAGAAUCUGAAACAGAUAAUGAAAGUGUCACUUAUUCUCAAGAUGAUAUUCCUUUUAACAACAACAACCCAACCAAAAAUUUCCCAUUUAGUAAUAGUCCACCACCUCAUAUUGCUACUAUUGAAGCACCAUCUCUUAGGGUUGAUUCUGAGAUAAAGAGGUUCUUAGAAAUGGAAAAAUAUGAAGCACCACCAAUAUUUAGGGAAGAGAUAAAGGGAAAUAGUACUACUACUGGUUUUGCAUAUGAAGUAGUCCCUUUUAAUACAGGUGGUGGUAAUGAAGGUAUAUACUUGACAUGGAAAGAUUUGUGGGUGACAGUGCCGGACAAGAAAACAGGGAGGAGAGCUAUAUUACAAGGGCUGACUGGUUAUGUACAACCUGGUCAAGUCUUGGCCAUUAUGGGUCCUUCUGGUUGUGGCAAAUCUACUCUUCUUGAUACUUUAGCAGGGAGAUUAGAUUCCAACACCAGACAAACUGGAGAAAUCCUCGUCAAUGGUCGGAGGCAAGCUCUUGCUUUUGGCACAUCGGCUUAUGUGACACAAGAUGAUACCCUGAUGACAACACUAACAGUGAGAGAAGCAAUAUACUAUUCAGCACAACUCCAAUUACCAGAUUCAAUGUCAAGAUCCGAGAAGAAAGAAAGAGCUGAAGCAACAAUCAGAGAAAUGGGUUUACAAGAUGCAAUGAAUACUAGAAUUGGAGGGUGGAGUGUAAAAGGAUUAAGUGGUGGACAAAAAAGAAGAGUUAGUAUUUGCAUUGAAAUACUAACACGUCCAAAGCUUCUUUUCCUUGACGAGCCAACUAGUGGACUUGAUAGUGCAGCAUCUUACCAUGUUAUGAAUCGAAUAGUUCAAUUGGCUAAACAAGAUGGAAGAACUGUUGUUGCUUCUAUUCAUCAACCAAGUAGUGAAGUUUUUGAGCUUUUCCACAAUCUUUGCCUUCUCUCCUCUGGUAGGACUGUCUACUUUGGUUCCAUUUCUGCAGCAAAUGAGUUUUUUGCGUUGAAUGGCUUCCCAUGUACAACUAUGAGGAAUCCUUCUGAUCACUACCUAAGGACAAUCAACAAGGACUUUGAUGCUGAUAUCGAAAAAGGAGUUAGUGGAAAAGACAGUGCAAUAGAAGCGAUCAAUAUUCUGGUUAAGUCAUACAAGACCUCACAGGGUUGCCAACAAGUUCAACGGCGAGUUUUGGAGAUUUGCCAACAGAAUGGUGGACAAGAGGCAAAGAAAGGAAACCAAACAAGUUUCAUUACUCAGUGCAUGGUUCUCACUAGGAGAUCUUUUGUGAACAUGUAUCGUGAUCUUGGCUAUUACUGGCUUCGUUUUGCAAUAUAUGUUGCUCUGUGCUUGUGUGUUGGCACUAUAUUUCAUGACAUUGGCCACGACUAUGGCUCCAUUCAGGCUAGAGGUUCAAUGCUCAUGUUUGUUGCUGCCUUCUUAACCUUUAUGGCAAUUGGUGGAUUCCCUUCUUUUGUGGAGGAUAUGAAAAUUUUCACUCGAGAAAGAUUAAAUGGGCACUAUGGUGUGGCUGCAUAUGUUGUGGGAAAUACAUUCUCUUCCAUUCCAUACCUAGCAAUGAUCUCAGUAAUACCUGGUGCUAUGGCUUAUUACCUUGUUGGAUUACAAAAGGAAUUUGAUCACUUUGCUUAUUUUGCCCUAAUGCUAUUCACAACAAUGAUGUUAGUCGAAAGCCUAAUGAUGAUUGUAGCAAGUAUAGUACCAGAUUUUCUCAUGGGAAUUAUAACAGGAGCUGGAAUUCAAGGUGUUAUGAUGCUUAACGGGGGUUUCUUUCGAUUGCCUAAUGAUCUUCCUAAUCCAUUUUGGAAAUAUCCAAUGUAUUAUAUUGCAUUUCACAAAUAUGCAAAUCAAGGGUUUUACAAAAAUGAGUUCUUGGGAUUAAGUUUUCCUAAUGAGCAAAUUGGAGGGCCAGCUACAAUUACUGGUGAUGAAAUUUUGAGAAAUAUAUGGCAAGUGCAAAUGGGAUAUUCAAAAUGGGUUGAUGUUGCAAUUGUUUUUGGAAUGGUGAUUCUCUAUAGGUUUAUGUUCUUGGGAAUAAUUAAGACUGUGGAGAAGGUUAAACCUCUGAUUAGAGCAUUUAUGGCUCGAACUUCCAAAAUUCCAACUCAUGCUGAAGAUCCAUAUGCUUCUCCUAUGGAUGCUUGAAAAAUAAUUAUUAUAGCGUGUUUAUGAUAUAUGUUGUUGAUGUAAAAUAAAAGUUUUGUUGUAUUCAAGACCAAUGCCUUGCUGGUCUUCUGUCUACUUUUUUUUUUGGUUAACAAGGGAACUCGAGUCGCUAUCAUCCGGGUGCGCACAGGGUAAACCUCGCUCCUGUAAAAUAGUAAUUCGCAAAUCUCAGAGUAGGAUAAAUCGUACUAGGCAAGCUUCUACCUACUUUUGAGAGUAUUAAAUGUUGGAAUAAUUUGUUUUUCCCUACUUGUUUGAUGGAUUGUUAUAAUAUAAGAGUUUAUUCUCUGUUGUCGUCUUUGUACGUAGG